GCCGCAGCAUCAGCAACAGCAGGACCAACACCAGGAGCAGGAGCAAUCCCAGCCACACAUGGGGGAGAGCAAGAGCCAGAGUCAAAGACAGAGAAGGCCGCCGACGAUGUCGAGGCCCCUGCUGAGGCAGGCACCACUGCGUCGCUCACCGAAAAGGCCAAGCAGGCGUUUGACCAGGCGUCCGAGAACCGGCCGACCACCGAGGCCCGCGACGAGUUCCUCAAGGCAGUUCGGGAGAACCUGGAUGCUCCCAGCACAGCAGACCAGGCCAAUUCUUCUGCGGGCCAGGAGGACGAACAGCACCAACAGCAGCAACAGCAGCAGAAGGCCCCUGAGGUUGAGGCCCCGGAGAAAACAGAAGCUGAGGGCCGAGAGAAGUCUGAAGUCGCCGCCCCGGAGAAGACCGAGGUUGAAGGCGCAGAGCAGGCUGCGGCUGCCACCGAGCAGGCGCCGGGCGAGGACGAGCAGCAGCAGCAGCAGCAGACCUCUGAAAUUGAGGUCCCAGAGAAGACCGAUGCCGAGGCCGAGAAGGCGCCAACCGAACAAGCCGAGGACGUUCCUGCUGACCAGGAGAAGGCGGCCCUUGACACCCAGGACGAGAAGUCCGCCGAAACCGAACAGCAGCCAGCGCCCGAGGAAGCAGAGGCAGCAGCCGCCAAGCCCCAGACGCAGGAGCAGCAAGCCACGUCCCAGGAGCCCGAGACCGUGGAGGGCGAGCCCAACGCCGCCAAAGAAGAGCCCGCCAUUGAGAAAGGUCAAGUAGAACAGCAAGAGGAGCAAAAGGAAGAUUCGGAGCUCAAACCAGACUUCUCCGUCCUCAAGAACGGCACCGUCAACAAGGGCGGCAACGUCGUCUCCCCCGAUAAGAAGAUAGUCGGCCGCGUCAUUGAGGGCGCACUCACCCACCUCGUCGGCAAGAAGGUCGACGAGAACGGUGACAUCUGGAGCAGCAGCGGCAAGGUGAUCGGCAAGGCCGAGCCGAUCCCGGACACGGAGCGCGACGAAAUGUUCAAGGAGCCGGCGCCGUUCGAGAGCUUCCCCGACGCGGUCGUCGACAAGGACGGCAUGGUUGUCAACGGCAAGGGGGAGAUCAUCGGCCGGGUUGUUGAUGGCGACAAGAGCAUUUUGAGGGGUAAGAAUGUGGAUCCGGAUGGUGAUAUUCUGGACCGUGGAGGAAAUGUAAUUGGCAAGGCGGAGCGGUGGGAGCCAGAGCCUGAGAAGGAACCCGAGCCGGAGCCCGAGGUGGACAAGUCUAUUCUGGCCGGGAAGCGGGUGAAUAAAGCCGGGAAUGUGGUUGAUGGGAACGGCGUCAUCUUUGGUCGCGUCGUUGAGGGUGAUGUCAAGCGGAUGGUUGGUCGCAUGUGCGACAAGAAGGGCAACAUCCUCAGCGAGAGCGGCGAUAUCCUUGGCAGGGCUGAGCUCGUCCCCGAGGGCGAGCGCGAGGGCCUGAAGGAGGGCCCGUUUGCUGAGCUCCAAGGCUGCACCGUUGCUAAAGACGGUACCAUCGUCACGCCGGCGGGCGAUAUCGUCGGUCGGCUGACCAGCGGCGACGGUAAAAUCCUGUUCGGGCGCACCGUUGACGAGGACGGUGACAUCCUCGACAAGAACGGUAAUGUUGUUGGCCAUGCCGAGCGCUGGGAGCCGGAGAAGGUGGAACGCAAGAAGAACCCCAUGUCAGGCCGCAAGGUCAACCGUGAGGGCAACGUCGUUGACGAGGACGGCAACAUCAUCGGCAAGCUCACGUCUGGUGACCUUAGCAUCUGCAGCGGCAAGGUGAUUGACGAUGACGGAGACGUCGUCGACUACAAGGGCAACACCGUCGGCCAUUGCUCUCUUCUUCAGGACAUUCCCGUCGAAGAGCCCAAGGAGGAUGAGUCGCCCGAGGAGAAGGAGAAGCGCGAGCAGGCCGAGCGAGAUAGAAAGCUGGCCAUACAGAUGUCUGUCUGCAUCGAGCAGUGCCUGGAGAGCAUCCGGCCCAUCUGCAAGAUGAUCACCGAGAAAAUCGAAAGGGCCGAGCGCACGCCGGAAGACGAGCGCGACGAGGAGCAGCUUGUGGCGGAGGUCCGCCCCCUGAUCGAAGAAGGCGGACGCAUCCUCAACGAAGCCAAGGGCGUCAUCAAGGGCCUGGACCCCGACGGUCGGCUCGCGGCCAACGCCAAGCACAAGACGGCCGCGCGCGAGGCCACGCCCGAGGAGUACCACCUUGCCGACGUGCUCAAGGACCUGACGGGCGACGUGACGCAGUGCAUCGAGAAUGCCAAGAAGAAGCUCGAGGGCAUGCCGCACGCGAAGAAGGAGCUGAACCCGCUCUGGGGAUUGCUAAACGAGCCGCUCUUCCAGAUUCUGGCAGCUGUCGGGUUGUUGCUGGCUGGUGUCCUCAACCUCGUGGGCAGAUUGUUGAGUGGACUCGGACUUGGCGGCAUCAUUGACGGUCUGCUCGGGACCCUGGGCCUGAAUCGUGUCCUUGAGGGACUGGGUCUUGGAGGUCUCUCCCAGGGUCUGAAGGGCGGCAAGAAGGGUGGUGGUGGUGGUGGGCUGCUGGGUGGUAUCCUGGGCGGGAAGUAA